GCAGGGUGUUGCCGCCUCAGAGACGCUCUCACGCAUCAAAGAGUAACAGCAGUCACAGCGGUGGGAACAGAGCAUCCUCUCCCUGGGAAAAGAAACAAGGCUGUUUAUUGCAUUAUUGAAGGCAUACAAUUAUCUUUCAUAUUAUUAAGCAGAAUCAAAUCGACAUUUGCCGGAGUACCCAGUCAUCAGGAGAUCGAUCUUGCUGCUAGAAAAAGGAGAGCUUGGUGUGGAUACAGACAGAAGCUUUCAGCACCUUGGAUAGCGAUCAUGGCUCCUGUGCUGGAGGACGGAGCACAACCUGUGGCAGUGCCUGUGGGUGUUGCUGUGGUGAGUGUUUUUGGCCUUGUCUUCACUGCAUCAGCCUUUGCCUGGAUUUGUUGCCAGCGCAAAAACACCAACAAGUCCCAGAAGACACCUCCUUACAAGUUUGUGCACAUGCUUAAAGGGGUUGACAUCUACCCAGAGAGCCUGAGUGGCAAAAAGAAGUUUGCGGCACCCACCGCCCCAACAGCUAAUGAUACCACUAAAACAGAUGUCAAUGGAAAUUGCCAAACUACGCCAAUGAGUCCUACUGGCACUUUUAAACCUGCCUCGAGUCCAAAUGGUUCCAGAUCUGCUCUGCAUCUUGAUCUUGAUAAGCGUGAUCUGAAUGGAAACUUUACCACCAAAACUUUUCACCACCACCAUCAGACGGUGCGGAGCUCGCCAGACCUGGAGCUACCCUCUCCGCAGACAGGGUUCACCCAACCUGGUGCAAUGGAACGCCGUGAUCUCCCUUCACCUACCAGCACUCUCUCAAGCCAAGCACCCACACCAGCUGUAGACAGGCCUCAGGGGGAGGAGAAGGAGGGAGGUCUUGGGACCCUCCACUUCUCGCUUGAAUACCAGGCACAGCGGAAGGCAUUUAUUGUUCACAUCAAGGAGGCCCAUGGUCUGACACCAACUGAUGAGCAGUCACUUACCUCUGACCCCUACAUCAAGUUGACCCUGCUGCCGGAGAAAAAGCACAGGGUGAAGACAAGAGUCCUUCGAAAGACUCUGGAUCCCGCCUUCGAUGAGACCUUUAGCUUCUACGGGAUCCCACUAGCUCGAGUGUCCGAGCUGGCCCUUCACUUCAUGGUACUGAGCUUUGAUCGGUUCUCUCGUGAUGAGGUCAUUGGAGAGACCCUUGUACCUUUGUCUGGAAUUGACUUGUCGGAGGGGCGUGUCCUAAUGAGCAGAGAGAUUAUCAAGAAAAAUGUUAAGAAAUCCUUGGGUCGAGGAGAAUUGCUGCUCUCUAUGUGCUACCAAUCCACCACCAACACUCUUACUGUGGUUGUCCUCAAAGCUCGGCAUCUUCCCAAGACUGAAAACAAUGGUCCUACUGAUCCAUAUGUCAAAGUUAACAUGUAUCAUGGAAAGAAGCGCAUAUGCAAGAAGAAGACCCAUGUGAAAAAAUGUUCUCCCAACCCCGUCUUUAAUGAGCUCUUUGUGUUUGAUCUGCCCUCCGAAGAGGGUCUGAGGGACACAAGCGUAGAACUGCUUCUGAUGGACUCAGACAACAGCAGUUCACGCAACGCCAACACCGUUAUUGGCCGUCUGGUAUUGGGCACAUCAGCGGCAGGAACAGCCGGUGAGCACUGGAGAGAGAUCUGCGACCACCCGCGUCGCCAGAUUGCCAAAUGGCAUGCCAUGUCAGAGGAAUAGAAAACCUAAGGUUUUUUGUUGAUUCUGUUACCCAUAGAUGAACUGGUGCAACCUUGAAAUUAAUUAAAUGAGGUGUGGCGGGACGUGAUGCCCCAUUGGCCAGUACUCAUUGGACAUUAACUAGUGGGUGGUGAAAAAAAAAGUUAAUGGUAACGGACUUUUAUGUAGAAGAGAAGAUCGAAUUCCAAGUGAUGUCAUACUUCAGUCAUUCAUCAAAUCACUUAUCUUUGAAGUUUUGAAGGCUCAGUUAGAAGGUGGGACAUGUUGAAGUUAAUCCCAUAGCUUUAAACAAUCCCAAAGAGUGCCACUGAUAAUCCCAUGUUAACAUACAUUAUCUUACUGGCAACAACAAAUCGUCACUGUCCAUAGUUGCAGUGCAGAAUGUCUUAAAAGUUGCUUUUACACUUUUCUUUCUUCUACUUCUACUUCUUCAUUCUACUGCUCUCUGUAGCUCUUCCUCUUAUAGAUAGUAACCAAUAAACCAUCAUAUGAACACCAGAAAAAACAAGCCUGACCAUGCUGUACAAAAUGUGUACUAUGAAAGAUUAUUUUAUAAUGCCAGUGUUUCAUUCUUUAAAGAUGUACAUUGUUUUUUUAUUUAUCAAUCUGAUUUGAAUUCUUCUGGUUGAUUUGCCAAACCUUGUUUUUGUCUAAGUCGUAUUUCAUAUACCGUGACUGAGAUAAAAAUAGGAGCCUAAAUUAGGUGGUUUACCAAUUGACUGGAACAGACUGAGUUCACUGAGGACAGUGGUGUUGGUGUGGAUGCAUUUUUGUGUGCGCGUGUUUGUGUGUGUCUUUUCCAAAAAAGAAUAUCUGCGAUGGUACAGCUUUGUGAGUGUGUGGAUGCAAGUCACAUAAUGUUUAUUGUAGGUGUUUUGUUCCUGUUACUGUGAGCACAAAGAAAGCUGAAAUAUAAAUGUAUGUAACUUAAUAUAAAAUAUGGCAAGUUCUGAAAAAAACAUGA